CGACUUCCUGAAGGGACAGCCGUGUUUCUCCUCCAGGAGCAUCUAUUUCACGCUCCGCUCUGCUGCUCACGGUGAGUCCACGUCUCGUUGUAGCCGUCCACCGCGGGACGAACGUGUGUGCAGAGCUCAUAACUAACAGCGCGAGGAGGUUCCAUCCGUCUGUCCCGUUGUUCUGCUCAAAGUCCUGCACGGGCAACCAGUGUGAGUCCUGGAUAACGGGUCUGUGGUCCACAACAGGAACUAUCAGCACCUGUAUCAGGAUGGACUCUUAAAAUUUCAGAGGACGUCCUCCGAGAAAAGGACCCAGAGCUGCACAGCCUGACUGAAAUGUGAAGGGAACAGGACAGAAGCUAUGGGUAGCUCCAUCCUCCUGUUGGCCAGUGUGGUGUCCACUCUGGGCGGCCUGGUCUUUGGUUACGAGUUGGGCAUCAUCUCAGGCGCUCUGCUGCUGCUCAAGGCCGAGUUCGGACUCUCGUGUGUCCAGCAGGAGGCUCUGGUCAGCUCUCUGUUGAUAGGAGCUCUGCUGGCCUCCAUCGUGGGCGGCUGCUUGAUUGACCACCGUGGCCGCAGGAACUCCAUCCUCCUCAGCAAUGUCUUGAUCCUGACCGGCAGCCUGGUCCUCCUCAUCGGCUCCUACUCGGCACUAGUGGUGGGCAGGAUGACGGUGGGCUUCGCCAUGUGUAUAUCCUCCAUGUCCUGCUGCAUCUUUGUGUCUGAGAUUGUUACCCCGGAUCGCAGGGGCUUCCUGGUAACACUGUAUGAAGCCGGGAUCACCUUGGGCAUCCUGGCAGCCUACGCCAUGAACUACAUCCUGUCGGAAUCUAAAAGAGGAUGGAAGUGGAUGUUCGGAUUAGCCAUCGUACCAACUAUGAUUCAGUUGGUCUCUAUCUGGUUCCUCCCAUCCAGCACGAAGGAAUCUUCAAAACCAAGUUAUUGUUUUAAAACUAAAAGUGACCUGAUGAAUAUUGUCGAAGCAGAUGACUCAAAAGUCGACUCCGACAUGGAAAGCCAGAAGGUUCGGUACAACAGCAUGUAUCUUUUCCAGCGCAAAGACAACAUGAGGACUCGGACAGUCAUCGGCCUCGGACUGGUACUCUUUCAGCAGUUCACAGGCCAGCCGAAUGUCCUCCUGUACGCCUCCACCAUCUUCCACUCGGUGGGGUUUCAGAGCAAUGCCUCGGCGGUGCUGGCGUCUGUGGGCUUGGGGUUCAUCAAAGUGGUCGUUACUCUGACCUCCAUGGUGUUUUCGGACCGGGUGGGGCGGAGGCCUCUGCUCAUCAGUGGCUGCUCCGUUAUGGCGGUGUGUCUGAUAACCAUCGGACUCCUCAGUGGACGUUCAUCGAUGAAUGCCAAGAGGCCUUGUGAUUCUGAGGACUUCAACGUUAACAGAACUGAGCUGCAUCAUCUAACUGUUAGUAAUUGGUCCGUUUUUGACGCACCUUUACACAAGAGCCAAAGGCUCCUCUACAACUACACACAAGAUGAAGAUGAAGUUGGACAGAAACAACCGAACGAUCCUCUGGCACCUACUCCGAGUGUCCAUAGCACGGUCGAGAACUGGAUCAUUCUCGUGUGUAUGAUGGCUGUUGUCAGUGCAUACUCCAUUGGAUUUGGACCAAUGACCUGGCUUCUCCUGAGUGAAAUAUUUCCAGCUGCGAUCAGAGGAAGGGCAUUCGCCUUCACCAACUGCUUCAACUGGGCUGCCAACCUGUUGGUCACAUUCACCUUCUUGGAUUUUAUCGAUGCGAUUGGUCUGUCGGGGAUGUUUCUCCUCUAUGGGAUGACCGCUGUGGCCGCUGUGGUUUUCUUCUACUUCAUGCUACCAGAGACCAAAGGGAAGACUCUGGAGGAGAUAGACAAGGAGCUGUGUUUAAACAAGUUUUACCAAGUCGAGGAGUGCUGCUGCAUAAACAGCUGGAGAAACCCUUCCCCACGAUGUGAUUGUGUACUGAACGACCAACUUGGAACUGAGUCGUACCAGUCGUUCCCACAGACUGGGUAAGGGAGCCGAUCCCAGCUGACACCGGAGAAC